UCUUCCACAAUCAUCCCUUCAAUUCAACAUUUCAUCUCCACUACGAAUUACUACCCACCUAUAUAUACAUACACCACCAAAUCAACCAUGGCAUACACUCAUAAUUGCUCAAUGAUCACUGUCCUCUUAUCUCUAUUGGUUUUUGCCACUUUCAUGACUACAUAUGCAGCUGGAAACUUUUACCAGAACUUUGAUAUAACAUGGGGAGAUGGUCGUGCCAAGAUACUCGACAACGGACAACUUCUCACUUUAUCCCUUGACAAAGCCUCUGGUUCUGGAUUUCAAUCCAAGAAUGAAUAUCUCUUUGGCAACAUUGAUAUGAAACGAAACUCUGCAGGAACGGUCACUGCUUACUAUUUGUCAUCAAAAGGAUCAAAUUGGGAUGAGAUUGACUUUGAAUUCUUAGGGAAUGUGAGUGGAGAACCAUACACUCUUCACACCAAUGUGUUUUGUCAAGGAAAAGGAAAUAGAGAACAACAAUUCCAUCUAUGGUUUGAUCCAACUGCUGAUUUUCACACAUACUCCAUUCUUUGGAAUCCUCAACGCAUUGUUUUUUCUGUGGAUGGAACACCAAUAAGAGAAUUCAAGAACAUGGAAUCAAAAGGAGUUGCAUUUCCAAAGAAUCAACCAAUGAGGAUAUAUUCAAGUCUAUGGAAUGCUGAUGAUUGGGCAACAAGAGGUGGUCUUGUCAAGACAGAUUGGACAAAUGCUCCAUUCACUGCAUCAUAUAGGAAUUUCAAUGCAGAAACUACUUCAUCUAAUGCAUGGUUUACCCAACAAUUGGAUUCAACAAGUCAACAAAGAUUGAGUGAGGUUCAGAAGAAUUACAUGAUUUACAAUUAUUGCACUGACAUCAAAAGAUUUCCCCAAGGCCUUCCAACAGAGUGUACUGCAUCCUAAUUAAUAUCUUUCUAUAUUCCAAUAGCAACUAUAUACUUGUAGAUUUAUUCUUUCUUAGGCCUAUUCAAUUUAUUUUACUUGUAACGUGCUUCAUCUUAAUUCAUUUAUUCUUUGAUACACUAUAAUAAAUAUUCAGAUUUCUUUUCUUUCAA